AUGGAGGAGAAGCUGGUUCUGGCCGUUACGGGCUACCCCGAACUAUACGAUCUGUCGGACAAAAAAUACUCAAACAAAAAUGCAAAACAAGCUGCGUGGAGCCGUGUGAGCUUCGCUGUGGAAAGACCUGUGACCGAGUGCCAGAGGAAGUGGAAGUACUUAAGGGACGAGUACCUUAAGCAGAGGAGGCUGGAGAAGGAGAGACGGAGUGGGGCAGAAGGUGGUCCACGGAAAAGGUGGAAAUACAUGCACAUACUGUCCUUCCUGGAGCCCCAUGUUAGGGAGAGGGAGACCAGUUCAAAUUUCGAAGCCAGCCAACCAUUGGCUGACACUGAUAUUGAGGAGGAAUGUCCAUCUGCAUCUGCCUCAUCUUCCGAAGCAACGCUGCCACCACCAUCACCACCAUUAUCAUUGCCACCACAACCUGCACCCCAGUCCACUAACAACAGGCCCAGCUCCAAACCCCGGAAAAGACAGGCUGACCAGGAGCCUCUGUCUGAAUAUCAGCAGAGGCUCCUUGCAGCAGUCAGUGGAGCAGACAGAUCUGAUGAAGAUGAACAUUUUUUCCUGGGGUUAGUUCCCCAAAUGAAACGUUUGCCACCAAUGAAGCGAGCCUCAACAAAAAUGAAAAUCAUGCAGCUGAUGUUUGAAGCAGAAUUUGAAGAAGCUUAAUCACUUUCAUUUUUUAUAUAAUUUAGUAUUUAUAUUUAAAUAUGUAUAUUUACAAAUGUACUUAUAGUAGGCCUAUUUAUUAUUAAUGCUUACUUUUAAUAUUUAUAUUCAAAUAUUUUGUAUGAGUGUAUUUAUACGAAUGUAUUUAUUUUUAAUACUUAUAUAUGUAUUAGCUACAUUUAGUGGUAUAUAGGCAAAACAAAUACACCUGUGUUUCAUACAAGU